AUGUCCGACUCCAACACACGAGCGUAUCUCUUCAAGUUCAGAGGAUCUGACUAUGUCUUCUGCAGAACGGCCGGUCAUGGCGCCGAAGCCCAAGCACAAGUCGUCCAGAAAGUCAGCACAGGUGAGCUUCUCAUUCGCAAGGUGAGCAAGAACCGUCUCGAUCGAAGCAAAUGCAUCGAACCCAAUGAGUUCCACCUCAUGGAAGAAUACCUGAGUAAGCCACCUCGCUCGCCCGAUAUCCGACCACUGAUUCCGGAAUUCUACGGAUACGAAAAGAUCCAGUCCAAGAAUGGGCUUUUCCAUCUGGUAUCCUACUGGCAGCUCAUCAACGGCGGUUCAGUCAAGGACUUGAUUAUGACCAAGUAUAACUCCAUCAAGCACACCAAGUUCAACCCAGACAAGCGGUUUCCAGCAAGACUCAUCGCCCGCAUGCUCCACCAGGUCUUCAGCUCUCUGCAACACCUCUACACCGUCUACAAGAAACCAAUCUUCCAUAAAGAUCUACACCCCGGUAAUAUAUGGCUGCACUUUGCUCCUUCCGGCGACGGAGAGCUCAGCGACAUCCCAGACUUCUACCUCGGUGAUUUUGGCUAUGCCGGUUGGGACUUCGGCUUUAACCCCAACCAUAUGGCCACCAGAGACAUCGACCAAGUCAUGGAAUGGGCACGUUUAUUGAUCUGCAUCAACCUGCCCGAGCACCAGCGGCCACCGAGAGACGGCGCGGUCCCUUACCCCGAUGACCCCCAACGGGGUCGUACCAUCCCGGGAGACGCGCCCAUGACCGCCAUCCUCUCGCUCUACUACGACUUCUGUCACGAGCUGAAGCAAUUCAAGGACCAAGCAGGCCGGCGAAUUCGCGAACCGUCCUGUCCCCCACCCGACCUUAGCAAUUUCAUUCGCCGCGCUGAGGCGCUCGAGAAGAAGCUUACCCCUUCGUUGACUGGGUUGCGCCGCCUUUAA